CCCCAAACACUUCCUCUAGAUUAACGCGAAAAUUCGACGUGAGUUCCCCGGCGGCAAAACCCAUAUUUAGCACUCCAACUCCAAAACGCACACAGCCACACACUCUCAUUUGGUCCUCCAUUUGACUGAGUCCUGAAAUGCUGGCUGAGACGACUCCGACCGUCUCAACCUUGGAGCUCCAGUCUGCGCCUCCAUUCCCUUUCGAUGAAAUGGUCAUGUCGUCCUUCUCGGACCUCGCUUCCCACGACGGACUCCUGAGCCCCGACACACCCGAACCCCAGCCCCCGCCUCGGCCUCCUGUAAACGGUGCUCAAGAAUGCGACAGCUACGGACCAAUUAUCAGCGUGCCCGUAGAAGGAAACAGCAGGGAGACGGACGUGGAAUUAAAGGUUCCAACGGGUCCCACCGGGAACUUGUGUGAGACCGACGCGCCUGGGGGUGCAUUUCCGGAGAUAGCGGCGGUGAAUGUGCAGAAGGUGUACCGGAGUUAUCGAACCCGGCGGAGGUUAGCGGACUCCGCGAUUGACGCCGAAGAGCUCUGGUGGCAAGCUAUACGCUAUGCGAGACUGACCCGCAGCACGAUCCCUUUCUUCAAUUUCUUGGAGCCCGAAAGUUUGGCUUCCAAGUGGACUCGUGUCAGCUUCAAUGCCUCGACGGUGGGCAAGGGUUUGACCGAAGACGCCACAGCACAACAACUCGCUGUUGAGCAUUGGAUUGAAGCUAUUGAUCCACGGCAUCGAUAUGGACAUAACUUGCAUAUGUACUACGAAGAGUGGUGCAAAGCGGAUACUGGUCAACUAUUUUUCUUCUGGUUGGAUGUAGGAGAUGGCAAAGACCUUGAUCUCAAACAAUGCUCAAGAUCAAAGCUGCAACAGCAAUGCAUCAAGUAUCUUGGACCUCAAGAGAGGGAGCAUUAUGAAUACGAAAUUGUCCGAGGGGAAAUAAUUCACAAACAAACCAGAGAUCCCCUAGAUACAAUCGGAUGGUCAGAAGGGACCAUGGGGAUAUUUGUUUGGAGUACCUCCAAGAAAGUCUAUAUUGGUCAGAAAAAGAAAGGAGUGUUCCAUCAUUCUAGCUUCUUGGCUGGGGGAGCCACAUUGGCUGCUGGAAGGCUAGUGGUAGAGCAUGGAAUUCUUAAGUCCAUCUCUCGGCAUAGUGGACAUUAUAAGCCAACAGAUAACAGGCUUGACAACUUUUUAUCCUUUCUCAAGGAAAAUGGGGUCAACAUUGAUGAAGUUGAGAUAAAGCUGAAUGAAGAUUCUGAUGGCUCUGAUGACAACGAACUGAAUGGAGGUGGCGCUUCAGUUGAAGUUUCGACAAAUUCAGAAGCUAACGAAGUUGAAAUUCCAGAUAAAAAGAGAAAAACCCCAUCCCCAGAAUCAACUGAAAUCCCUCAAACUGAAAGCAAAAACAAAUGCCAAAGGACUUUAUCAGGUGGCCUUCGGAGCCCGAGAGCUGAGGUGCCAAAGAGUGCAAUAUUGGAACGAAUCAAUUCCAAGAAGGCAGUAAAAUCUUACCAAUUAGGGCGUCAGCUCUCACUCAAGUGGUCAACUGGAGCUGGACCAAGAAUUGGUUGUGUUGCUGACUACCCUGAAGAGGUGAGGGUAAUGGCAUUGGCUGGUAUUGCAUCACCAACCGCAUCACCUACAACUCAUCCUGCACCGGAUAUCGGUAAUGGUGAUGGGACCAAUGGCGACUGAAUUCAUAUAUCACCAAGUUUAUGCUUCCUCCUAAUGGAAUUUGCUUUACUGAAUGUACAUAUCUCAUAUGUUCUUUAAUCUUUAUGUCACCUCAAACCCCUUUUGGAUUGGUCAUUGGUCAGAGCAUUAUCUGGUCUACAUCUAAUAUUGUUUCCAUAA